CGCGUCCCUCUUCCUGAUCACAGCAGCCGGCGCAUCCAUCACAAGCUAAACCAUCAACCAUUUGGGCAAGCAUCCUCGACCGAAUCCACCUUCAGCAAUGGCCGAGCACGUGAGCCACCAGGCCGGCGCGGCGGUUGGCCACGCCCAGGACACGACCGGCCAUGUGGCCCACGACGCCGCGGGCACCGCGCACGGCGCGGCGGGCGCUGCCCACGACGCCGCGGGUGCGGGAGCCAACCAGGCCGGCGGCGUGCUCGAGGAGGUCGGCGGCCAGGCGCAGCUGGUCGCUCACAGCGUCACCGAGGCCGCCGGGGGCGCCGCGGAGGCCGUCAAGGACGCCGCCGGCCACGGCGGCAACUAGGCAGCCCGCCAACCCCGAACGCGCGGCGCAGGCAUGUGCGUGCCUACGAGCAUCGAUCUACUCUUAUAUAUGACUGGAGGCUGAAAGGAUCAUCAGCCGACGCGUCUAUAUUUGCUUGUUUUGCUUCCCACUACUACUUGUUACUGAAACUAGCCGGAGUGGUUUGAUUCUCGCCGGUGGACUGAGCUGAGGAUCGCCACGCUAGCUCUGGUUCGAUUUGUCUCGUCCCGCUAUGUAAGGUGCGACGUGAUUUCUAAUAACAAGUGGAGUAUUGCCGUA